AUGGAUGGAUUUUAUGACCAGCAAGUGCCUUACAUGGUCACCAACAAUCCGCGUGGGAGAAACUGCAAUGAGAGACCAACAAAUGUCAGGAAAAGAAAAUUCAUUAACAGAGACCUGGCUCAUGAUUCAGAAGAACUCUUUCAAGAUCUGAGCCAAUUACAGGAGACAUGGCUUGCAGAAGCUCAGGUACCUGACAAUGACGAGCAGUUUGUGCCAGACUAUCAGGCUGAAAGUUUGGCUUUUCAUGGUCUCCCAGUGAAAAUCAAGAAAGAACCCCAUAGUCCAUGUUCGGAACUUGGCUCUGCUUGUAGUCAAGAACAGCCAUUCAAGUUCAGUUAUGGGGAAAAGUGCCUGUACAAUGUCAGUGCCUAUGACCAGAAGCCACAAGUUGGAAUGAGGCCCUCUAACCCACCAACGCCAUCCAGCACUCCAGUGUCACCACUGCACCAUGCAUCCCCAAACUCAGCUCAGACUCCUAAAUCCGACCGGGCUUUCCCUACUCACCUCCCUCCAUCCCAGUCCAUUCAAGAGAACAGCUUCCCUAUGGAUCACAGAUUUCGCCGCCAGCUCUCCGAACCUUGCAAUUCUUUCCCGCCUUUGCCUGCAAUGUCAAGGGAAGGACGCCCAAUAUACCAACGCCAGAUGUCUGAGCCAAACAUCCCUUUCCCGCCUCAAGGUUUUAAGCAGGAGUACCAUGAUCCAGUCUAUGAACACAACGCCAUGGUUGGCAAUGCAGCCAAUCAAAAUUUCCCCCCUCCUCUGAUGAUUAAACAGGAACCUAGAGAUUUUGCAUAUGAUUCAGAAGUGCCUAGCUGCCAUUCCAUUUACAUGAGGCAAGAAGGCUUCCUGGCUCACCCAAAUAGAACAGAACAAAUAAACUUUUCUCUUCAAUUUACAGGUUGUAUGUAUGAAAAGGGACCUAGACAGUUUUAUGAUGACACUUGUGUUGUUCCAGAGAAGUUUGAUGGUGACAUCAAACAAGAGCCAGGGAUGUACCGUGAGGGACCGACAUAUCAGCGGCGGGGCUCACUUCAGCUCUGGCAGUUUUUGGUAGCCCUUCUUGAUGACCCAUCAAACUCUCACUUCAUUGCUUGGACCGGCCGAGGCAUGGAAUUCAAACUGAUUGAGCCAGAAGAGGUGGCCCGUCGCUGGGGGAUUCAGAAAAAUAGACCAGCUAUGAACUAUGAUAAACUUAGCCGUUCACUUCGCUAUUAUUAUGAGAAGGGAAUCAUGCAAAAGGUUGCCGGAGAGAGAUAUGUCUACAAGUUUGUUUGUGAUCCCGAAGCGCUUUUCUCCAUGGCCUUUCCAGACAACCAGCGCCCCUUGCUGAAGACGGACAUGGAGCGGCACAUCAACGAGGAGGAUACCGUGCCACUGUCCCACUUUGACGAGAGCAUGGUCUACAUGCAGGAGGGCGGCUGCUGUAACACCCACCCCUAUAAUGAAGGCUAUGUGUAUUAA